CACCAUCCUCCCCUUCCUGGUAUGAGCCACAGAAGUAGAAAGAACACCAGCAAUUGCUUUUGAAAUAUCCUGGAACUGGCAGAUGAUGGACAGGAAACAGACAGCUGAGACCCUGCUGUCCUUGUCUCCUGCCGAAGUUGCUGACCUCAAGGAAGGAAUCAAUUUUUUUCGAAAUAAGACUACUGGGAAGGAGUACAUUUUAUACAAGGAGAAGGACCACCUAAAGGCAUGCAAGAACCUCUGCAAGCACCAAGGAGGCCUGUUCAUGAAAGACAUCGAGGAUUUAGAUGGAAGGUCCAUUAAAUGCACAAAGCACAACUGGAAGUUAGAUGUGAGCACCAUGAAAUAUACCAACCCUCCAGGGAGCUUCUGUCAAGAUGAGCUUGUUGUCGAAGUGGAUGAAAACAAUGGGCUUUCCCUUGUAGAACUGAACCCUCCUAACCCCUGGGACUCUGAUCCCAGGUCUCCUGAAGAAUUAGCUUUUGGGGAAGUACAGAUAACAUAUCUCACUCAUGCCUGCAUGGACCUCAAGUUGGGAGACAAGCGGAUGGUGUUUGACCCUUGGUUAAUUGGUCCUGCUUUUGCCCGAGGAUGGUGGCUGCUACAUGAGCCUCCAUCUGACUGGCUGGAGAGGCUAUGCAAAGCAGACCUCAUUUACAUCAGUCACAUGCACUCAGAUCACCUGAGUUACCCUACCCUGAAGCAGCUUUCCCAGAGACGACCAGACAUUCCCAUUUAUGUUGGUGACACAGAAAGACCUGUGUUUUGGAAUCUGGAUCAGAGCGGCGUCCGGUUAACUAACAUCAACGUGGUUCCAUUUGGAAUAUGGCAACAGGUAGACAAAAGGCUCCGGUUCAUGAUCUUGAUGGAUGGUAUUCAUCCUGAGAUGGACACGUGCAUUAUCGUGGAGUACAAAGGUCAUAAAAUACUCAACACAGUGGACUGUACCAGACCCAAUGGGGGAAGGCUGCCUGAGAAAGUUGCUCUAAUGAUGAGUGAUUUUGCUGGAGGAGCAUCAGGCUUUCCAAUGACUUUCAGUGGUGGAAAAUUUACUGAGGAAUGGAAAGCCCAAUUCAUUAAGGCGGAAAGAAGAAAACUUCUGAAUUACAAGGCUCAGCUGGUGAAGGAUCUGCAGCCUCGAAUCUAUUGUCCGUUUGCUGGGUACUUUGUGGAAUCUCACCCAUCUGACAAGUAUAUUAAGGAAACAAACACCAAAAAUGACCCAAAUCAGCUCAACAAUCUUAUCAAGAAAAACUCUGAUGUGGUAACUUGGACCCCUCGACCUGGAGCUACCCUCGACCUGGGCAGGAUGCUGAAGGACCCAACGGACAGCAAGGGCAUUGUGGAGCCUCCAGAAGGGACAAAAAUCUACAAGGAUUCCUGGGACUUUGGCCCAUACCUGAAGAUCUUGAAUUCUGCUGUCAAAGAUGAAAUCUUCCUUCACUCAUCAUGGAUUAAAGAGUACUUCACUUGGGCUGGAUUUAAGAACUACAACCUGGUGGUCAGGAUGAUUGAAACAGAUGAAGACUUCAGGCCUUUUCCCGGAGGGUACGACUAUUUGGUGGACUUUCUAGACUUAUCCUUUCCAAAAGAAAGACCCAGCCGGGAGCAUCCUUAUGAAGAAAUCCGAAGCCGUGUGGAUGUCAUCAGGUAUGUGGUGAAGAAUGGCCUGCUGUGGGAUGACCUAUAUAUCGGAUUCCAGACCCGACUGCAGCGGGACCCUGAUAUAUACCAUCAUCUGUUUUGGAAUCAUUUUCAGAUAAAACUCCCUCUAACACCACCCAACUGGAGGUCGUUCCUAAUGCACUGUGGUUAGACCAGACCUGGCAUGUCCCAGGACCCAAGCCCAUAGGACAGUGCCUGCACAUUCAAGAUGGGUCUUCCCUGCUUGGA